AUGACUGCGGUUGCUUCAACGGCGAGCAUUGUCCACCAACGAAGGCACAAUCGUACGCCAGGCCCCAAGUUCGCUCUCCUAGACGGAUUGGCGGGUAUCGCCUAUCUUGCAAUACUCAUUCCGAUCUGGGCAGUCGAGGUUGACGAUCUGGGGUCAGCGGGAUAUGGCUUCUUGGCUGGAUACGCAACAGCUCCCAUGAUUGUCAAUAUGUUUGUCCACUUCUACUUCUUUGCUUGCAAGGCUCGAGCGAUGUGGUUUGCGUUGCGUACUCCUACGGUACAUGAGUGCCCCAACUGCCACCACGACCUGACGGUGGGCACCCCACAGAUCAAAGAGACGAACAAGGGUGGAGCGCGGUACAGCUUGCUGCGUGGAGAAGACUAUCUCGAUGCCGACGCUGAUGCCGAGCGCUACAUUGAUGAGAGCGCGAGGCCUUCCGAGGAGCAGCUCCGACCUGAGGAUGAUGACAAGGAAGACAAGGGCAAGUCCAGCAUCGAUGUCUGA